UGUCUUUGCAAGUCGUCUCCUUCACUAAAUAGUCCAUUGGAUAACAAUGACUUCCUCCUGUAUUUGCCAGCCGCAUCCAAUGCACUGGUUCAAGUCAAAUGCCGAAUGUAUGUUGUGAGUAUUUUCUUAACGACUCUCCUCCAACAUCUUCCAAGACCACUGUCUUCCUCGCCCAGGGUAUAGCGGGGUAGCUAAGCGCUGGUGUGGUAUAGGUCGUAGUAUGUGGCGUGCUAAGCAUAAAUCAGAAAUUCUUUUCAAGGAGCUUAAAAAUCAUAUAUAUUACCUGCCGGAAAGGAAUCUUCCCAUUCAGUCCGGAGUAAUCAAAUGUGUCUUAUAUGGAGGGGUGCGUGGUCUACAAGACUUGCAAACAAAUGACGUCUAUCAUGUCACUUCCCACUUCGUCCCACGACCAAAAAAGAAUAGAACAACACAUUGGAUUUAGUUAGCUCAUAUUUAUAAAGCGAAAUAUCUCUGAUUGUUAUUGGAGUCCUUUCCCCACUGACAUGCGAAAUAGCUAAUAAAGCCAAAGUAAAGUCACUAACACAUGUUUAAUAUAUUACAAGGGGCAUGCUAUGCAUGGCUGAUCACGUCAAAUAACCGAGAUGGCCAGCCACGAAAAAUAGAAUAAAAUUUAAAAAAAAUGUAUUUUAAUAUGGCAAUUUCCACAUAACCUGUUCAGAGGCGUAGCGAGGGUGUUUGGCGCCCGGGGACAAGAUUCGCGCCCGGGGACAAGAUCCUUUUUAAAGCGCCCCUUUUUCUUUUUUUCAACUCUCAAGCCCAUUAUUUUCAUCAAUAAAAUAAUAUCAAAGCACAUUUUGGCGCCCCUAACUAGCUGGCGCCCGGGGACAUGUGUCCCCCUCCUCCUGCCACCCCCUCGCUACGCCUCUGAACCUGUUACAAAUUUGUAUAUAUCCAAUAUCAGCAUCGUAUUUGUAGGCAUGUGUCAAGCGAGGUCACCCGUCCAUAUACGCCUUGCUAUUGCUAAGUAUUUUAAUGCGCAUUUUGAUAAAAUGGGAAAUUUCCAAUGCUUCUUUCCAGAUAAUAUAUAUUUCUAUCAGUCUUAUUUAUAUAAAAAAAAAUGUUAUAAAUACGAGCUACGUAUUAGCUGUGUAGAGCACCAAGAACAUGAAUGUUUUUGAUAUGUUUAGAUGUUUAAAAUAAAGCUACUAUUUAAAACGUUCAAUUAUUUACUUUUCACUCAGUCGUAUGUUUAAAAGGUGAAUAUAGAGACCGUGUUUCAAUUUAUCGGACCGCAACACGUGUCGAAGAAUUAUGUUUCAGUUUAAUUCAUUCAAGUGAACAACGCAAGCUCUUUAAGAAAUCCAUUUCAAAUGUCCAGGUAAGAGAAUUGAGCUUAUUUAUAGUUUAUAUUUUAAAUUCCCGAGGACCAACAGCAACAAUAAAUAAGAGUGGUUACAUUGAUUAUUUAUUUUAAAUAACUUUUACUAUAGUGUAAGAAUUUAACCAAGGAGUACGCAUAUUUACUUAGGAUUGUGUGACGUCAAAGAAAGCCAAACAGGAAUAGAUUAAAUAGCUUUUUAAGAAACCUAACAAAUAGAAAAGAAUAUGAGUAGGCUGGGUAGGAUACUUGUAAAAAUGUAUUAUGUCAAUUCAAUUUAUACUUAUUUAAAUUUUUUUUUUGUACCGAUGAAGGCAUUUGAGGCAACGUUGACAUUAGUAUUUCCUAAAAUCGUCAUCAAAGCUGAGCAUAUUUAGCUUUAUGCACACAAAUUGUUGGUGUCUAAUUAAUCUAAACAUACUAAAAAAAAACCUCACACAUGGAUCACAAGUGGAUACAAAAUGCAGUCCAGAAAUUUUUUACUUAUCAUCGGCUGUGAAAUUGGAUCGUGAUUGGAUACAUGAAUAAUAUGAGGCUUGUGUGCUUCACGGUCGUGGUCAUUUGCGUCCACUUUUUGGAGACACUGUCCGCUGAAAAUCUUGAAAAUGUGUGCGACAAAGACAUACCCUCAAGACCUGCACCACGUUCUUCGAAAUUUGGCAUUUCGAAAGUUGUUGUGCACUUGAUGCCAAAAGUUUGCACUGAGGGAGAGUUCCACGACUGGUUCGAAUGUAGGUCAUGUGCAGACGGGACGUUCAUGACACGAACUAUGGCGGAGGCCAGAGAGCACGUGUCGUGCCAGGAAUGUUAUCAACCUCGAGAAGAUCAGGUAAGUCAAACGUGUUGUCUCGAAAGGUAUGUUAUGAUUGCUUUAAAAGAAAAGAACAACCCGGGUGUAUUUAAUUUUGUUUCAUGGGCGCUUAUCUCUUGGUGAAAUCUUGAAAUCAAUUUAAGACCACUUUGUUUUUUUUACAGAUCGGAUUUCCUUGAUUUUUCGUCUGCCGUUUCUUAAAUCUUUAGGGUAAUUUUUAUUCGUAUAAAGCAAUAUUAAUAUAUUAUACUUUUAAAUGGAUUUAAUAAAGACAUUAAUAGGGAAUAGGGUAGGGUGUAUUAGUCAGGGGGGUUGAGGUAAAGAUGGUUCUGGAAUGGGGAUCGGGUGGGAGCGCAUAGGACUGAGGUGUAGGACAGAGGUAUAGGACAGAGGUAUAGGACAGAGGUGAUUUUAGGAUAAUAUCUUUCAGGAGCGAAGCAGAGAGUGAGCAAAUUUUUAACGAUGAUACCAAUAUAUCAAAAUCCGUUGUUGCAAUACAUAUUUAAAAUAAAUUCAAUAUAAUACAUAUAUUAUUAUGUAUAUAUAGUAAAGAUCGUGUAUUUUUUUACAAUUUUUAAAGGACAUUUGUUUUCGUUCUUGAUCAGAGGCCUGCAAAUGCAUGGUUGGGUUGUUCAUAGUAUUUAGAAGAAUAUAAAUAGUUAAAACUCACUAAUGUAGGAAAUGUAAAUAUCUAUACUAAAAUUCUUCUUCUUAAAUUAUUGAACGCCUAUUUACUUAUUUCCCAAGUAUACAAUACAAAGGCGCUGAAAUGUGUGGUAUUUUUUUUUGUUGAGGAUACAAUGCAUCAAACCUCGAUACAGUUACAUAUUUAAAAGUGUCGGAUUUUUAGAUGUUGAGACUUCGUAAGAACAGGUGGAAAGUAGCGCAACAUGCCUCCCUUCCAUUAUUAUCCCAGUAACACCGGGUCAUAUAUUCUAGUACAUAAUAACAGGGUAACUGUACAAAAAACAAAUGACGCGUCAAUUCUAUUAGUAACGUUUCUUGUUAGACAUUUCUGAAUCCUAUUACAAAAUAAAACUGUAUGCCGACUGUAAUUAAAAUUCUAAUAACAUUUCUUCAAUCUGUUCUCAGUUUGAAAUCGUUGUGGAGCCUUGUACCAAGACAAGAGACUCAUAUAUCAUGUGUGAAGACGGGUACUAUAGAAGUGUCGUACCGGGAAAACCCUGUCAGUCUCAAUGUAGUCGGUGCGAUGUGUGCGGCCUGGGUAUCAACAUGUUCAAGAACCACGCAGGCCGUGAAUGUAGCGGCUACCAAAACACGGUUUGCUGCCCACACGAGAACAUGGGUGUAGAGAAUAAUUCAUGCAUUGUUAAAACCACAGCAACAAAAAUGGCAACAACAGCCACUACUACAAUGACAACAUUAGAAACUACUGAUACAGAGCUGUUGCCCGACCUCCCGUUGCUAGACACACCUAGCACAGCCCCACAAUUCAUAGCACGUCCCAAAAUAAUAAUUUUAGGAAAUCUCUUAAUUUUAGCAAAACAAGCUAUAUUAUAUAGAUCCGUGCAAGAAGAGAAAUAUGUCAUGUUGUGACGGACAGAUUGCCUAGUAUUGUUUUGCUGUGUCAUGGCUUGCAUUUUGGUUUGUUAUGUAUUUUAUUACCAAUAAUCAUGAGGUGAACUUACACAGGAAACGUUGUCGUAUUGGAAACACGACAUUAAAAUGCGUAAGCAUUGUUUGGGCGGCAGUUGUGAUUGUUUGGGCGGCAGUUGUGAUUGUUUGGGCGGCAGUUGUGAUUGUUUGGGCGGCAGUUGU